GAGCGUGGCGGUGUGAGAGAGUUGCAGACGAGCGCCGCCUGGUUUGAGACGUGUCAGUCGCUGAGCGCAUUAACGCUAAAGAGCGAAACACUCAAGUCCAGAGAGGAUCCGAGUCGCUUGGAGUUUGAAGCGACUGUUUUGCUCGCAUGGGAAAUAAUACAGAAACUGCGAGGUAAGAGAGAGAAAGAAAGAGAGAAGAGAGAGAAAGAGAGUUGGUUGAGGAUACAAAAAGGAAUGAAGGAAUAACGGACGGUGCAGAUAAAGAAAGCAAAGGCUUAAGUUCUCAUCUUAAACGUCUUAUUCCUCCUCUCUUCUCCAGCGUCCGAUCUCCUCUUCGGGGAAAAAAAUCCAUCGAUUCUCUUCUCGACGCGCCAAAUACAAAGCCAUUUCUGAUUCUCUUUCUCUCUCUCAGGGUUUCUGCGUUUUGGAUUGUUAGGGUUUCCGGUACCGUUGAUAUUGUCAUGGCCGAUGCUCCGGCUAGCCCUGGCGGUGGUAGUCAUGGAAGUGGUGACCAGAGCCCCCGUUCGAAUGUUCGAGAGCAGGAUAGGUAUCUUCCGAUCGCGAAUAUCAGCCGGAUCAUGAAGAAAGCUCUUCCUGCGAAUGGAAAAAUUGCCAAGGAUGCAAAGGAGACGGUUCAAGAAUGCGUCUCCGAGUUCAUCAGUUUCAUUACCAGCGAGGCAAGCGAUAAGUGUCAGCGAGAGAAGAGAAAGACGAUUAAUGGUGACGAUAGAAUUGAAAGUACUCUUCGUCCCCUCCAACUGGUUCAAUCCAUGCUCUAA